AUGGAAAUUCGCCUACGACAUCUCAUCAUCUUCGCCUGUUUUUUUGCAUAUAGUAUGUCCACUUCGAUCCAGUUGCUUUGAAGUUUUUGUUGGAUGAGUGCCGUAUUAUCACAAAAGGAAAGCGAAUAGUGAAAAACUGCAAUCAGUAACAUUUGUUAGAAUAUUAAUGUAAGGCCAUUAAUUUAUGAUAAAAAUGGCCUGUAGUGAACCUGAGUAUUUAAAUAAGUCUAUUUUUUAGUUUGUCGAGGAAUGAAAAUCAUCUUAGGAAUCGUUGUAACCGUGUUUACUUGUCGUUUUCAGUCCAUGUGAUAGAGGCACAAGGCUUGAAUGAUCCCAUCACUCAGUACAUCGAAGGCCGAUUGGGCAACCGUCGGAUUUUCUGGUGUCCAAGUGGCUACGGUACGUCGAAUGAGUUACUUUGAAAAUAUAAAAUAAUUAGUUUUAUACCGCCUUUGCAAACUUUUAUUGAUUAUCGUGCUGCGUUCAAAAAUUUUUCGACGAUAAGGGAUUAAAAAUUAAAAAGUUUGAAAACCGAAGAAAAUUUCUGAUACCCAGAGAUCAUUUCGACAUUGCCGAAAUUACUUUGAACGCGGCAUUGGAAAACAAUUGAAAUAGUUUCAAGCCAGAGAGGCGAAACCGAGCAACGUAGUUUCCAAGCUGUCACGGGCGAACUCAGGAAACCUAUCAAGUACAUGACAGAAUGGUUCGUGAUAAAUAACUUCACACAAAAUAACCGAUGGAAAAAAGAGCCAUUCCUUGAAAAGUCGAAAAAAUUGAUCUACUACUAAUAAUUUGAAGCCAUAGCGCACUGAGAAUUUCCACAAAGUCAUGGUUUCUUGAACAGAUAAAAUAGAAUGAGGUUCACCUGUAUUUUUAAAAUUACAUUAGAUGUACUAAAAACAGAAUUUAAAAAAAUAAAAAAAUUCAGUGCAAUUUUGAUGCAAUUUUCGGUUUCCCCGUUUUAAUUUCGAACUAGAUGGUCUUUUCGGAUAUAGUCAAAGUUUAAAAAAAUAUAAUAUCAAAAAAAUUUCAAAAAAACUUUCGUUUUAUUCGAAAAAAAUUAGAACUACCGGUUAAAUUAUCCGUGAAGCGCACUUUCCCUGGAUUAGAGCGCCUUUUCUAUGCGAACCAUAUUUCUCGACUAUUUUUUCCGGCUUUCUUGUGAACGGCUCUUUUUUCUGCCUCUUUUUUUCAUAAUUCUCACCAGAGCGGCUCUUUAUUAUCGGCGAUUCUGUCAUAUACCCUGUGUAUUCUGUCUCGUCCGUGUUUCAACCCUAGGGGUUAUUUAAUCGCCAGGGAUCCAGACCAGGGACAUACAUGGACAUACAGUGAGCCACUACAUAAUGUAGUUCAACUAGAUAUCCGCUACAUAGCUGCUUCGAUGCCUGGGUUUGCCAGUGCAGACGUAUUCACUUCAAAUUAAAAUGAUAAAUUGUUCGCCCGUGUAUUUAAAAUGUCCUUCGAACUGUUAAAGAUUGCAUCAUAUAUAUAGCUCACAACGUCCUUUUUUUAAUAUUGAAAAGCGAAAAAAAAUGUGAAAGAAAUGCGAAAAAUCUCAAAGUAAAUUUUAUAUGCAUUGGGGUUGCUCCACAACCGUUUUCUUGGUAAUACCGAUGAAGCACACAAACAGAAUUCUCGCAAAACUGCAGUUUUUCAACUAAACUCUAAAAAUAGUCAAUUUUUUAGUUAAUCUUUACUAUAGCUCAAUUUUUCUCUCUUCCAACCCUGCGAGGUUUUGUCAUGGAAUCCAUAUAUAAAUGGUCUAACCUUUCCUAGAACAAUUUCGUGGCAGUCCCUCAUCUUCUUAAUUUUUUCGUUCAGGAUACUUGGCUUUCUGCCCGCAGCCGACCGACUGGGACAACUACAAUUGGUGCUGUACAUGGCCUUAUAUGGGCUCUUGGAAACCCUCAUGCUGUGCCUUUGCGAUUCCCACUGGCGCUUUGGUUGCUAUCGUCAUCGCAGCUGUGGUCCUACUUUUAGGUAAAUUGACUUAGCACUAGGACACUCCUUACUAGGGAACUACUCAAACUGGGGGUAUCGAGUUGAAACUUUGGUGACUUAUAGGCCUAGGUAAAAGCUUUUGGAAACGAGAUAUCUGGUAAACUCAUGAGCAAAAUCGAGGGAAUGUCUUGUACGUGCCUGGACCUUUCUCUCUCACGAAGGUGACCUAGCCCAGUGGCUUGAGGGCCAGUCUCAUUAUUGACUUUUUUGAAUAGGUUUGACUCCAAAGACAAAGAAACACAGACACGAUAACGUCGAUGCCCCGUUGUACAAUUUCUCAAAUCAGAGCUACUGGCGUUGAAGCUCUCAACGAAAAAAAAAAUGGUCGGCUAAUGUACUGAGUACUGUUUUCGCACUAUUAAUUUACUAGGUAGGAUAUUCAAUGGUACUCGAAUUUUAUUUAUUCUCCGCUCUUGCGCCUAGGGCCCAAUUUCCCAAAAAAAAGUUCCUUUAGCUAUUCUACAUGAUUAGGCUAGUUGAACGAACCGCAUUCGCUGUGGCUCGUCAUCGUCAAAGGAUGUUUGUCCACUGUGGUUCGCCGAAAGACACGUUGACCCUCCGAAUCAGUUCAAGCAGCGUCGCUCCCUGCCAAAACAGCUUUUUUCCGAAAAUAUUGGGAAAUAAUCAAUGUUUCGGAAAAAAACUUUUGGGUUUUUCUCUUUUUGCAAAUAAAAAAAUACUAAGGCCCUAUUUUUGGAAUAAAAGAAACUUUUCUUUUUUCUCCAAGUGGCGAUGUGAAUGACAUGGGAUCCUUGCUUCAAUCAAAAAUUAGUUUCUUAACUGUAACUUCAUCAACUUGUUAACGUUAAACUUUUCGACAAACAAUUGAGUGACGGAAUCAAAUAAAUUAGACGACAAUGAAAUUUGUUUGAGUUGUUGGGCAGCCGUUGCGGGGCUUGAUGCUCUCAGAGGUCUAUAGCUGAUAGAAAGUUGUAUAAUUGAUAAAAUCAGCCUACUUUCUACAAUAACUUUACUUUCAGUUCUCAUCGCACUCUCUUGCUGGUGUUGCUACUGUUGCCCGCUGUACAAGCGACUCUACGAAUUCGAUGACGAGUAA